AAAUUAUGAAAUUGUAGGGGUGUCACUACAAGUGUGGACCUACUAACAUUUGGGAACGCUUUUGCCUUCUUCUUCUUUCUUCUUAGCUCUGUUUCUCAAAUGCUCUAAAACCCCCUAAACCCUACUAUUUCCGACCACCGCGAUGGCUUCGUCGCUAAUCAUCUACCGCCGCAGCUUGAGACUACUCUCUGCCCUCCACCUUUCCUUUUCAUCACUACCAAUCAGCGGCCGCAUUUUAUCAUCAUCAUCAUCAUCAUCAUCAUCAUCAUCAUCAUCAUCAUCAUCAUCAUGUUCACGUUGGGAUUCGCCGCUUGGUUUUCAAUCCCGUACAUUCAGGUCGACGUCAAUCUCUCUUUUGUCUUCUCGUUAUUCAGAGACUCCUGACGCGAUUGGUCCUGAUACCAUCCUCUUUGAGGGUUGCGACUACAACCACUGGCUCUUCGUCAUGGAUUUUCCCAAAGACAACAAGCCUUCACCCGAACAAAUGAUUCGUACCUAUGAAGAGACUUGUGCCAAGGGUCUCAACAUUAGUGUGGAAGAGGCAAAGAAGAAAAUUUACGCUUGCAGCACAACCACUUACACAGGCUUUCAAGCUGUCCUCACUGAAGAAGAGUCCAAGAAAUUUGAAGGUCUUCCCGGAGUCAUCUUUGUGCUACCUGAUUCCUAUAUUGACCCUGUCAACAAGCAAUAUGGAGGAGACCAGUACAUUGAUGGAACAAUCAUCCCUCGACCCCCACCUAUACAAUACGGGAGAAAUCAAGGAGGAAGACGAGACUUUAGUCGACAAGGACAAGGGAAUUCCUCUUACAAUAAUCAGGGCGGAAGAAACUUCGGACCUUCACAAAAUUAUCCACCCCGACAAGGAUCACAAGGAUAUUCUCCCCAACAGAACCAUGGUCAAACAUCGCAAGGAUAUCCACCCCAACAAAACUAUUCACCCCCACGUAACAUUGAUCAAGUACCACAGAGUUACUCCCAACAGCAAACCUUUGGUUCUGCUCCACCACAACAGAGCUUUGGGUCACCAGGACAAGGUUAUGCGCCACAACAGAACUUUGGACCACCAGGGCAAGGAGAAAGAAGAAAUUAUGUGCCACAACAGAACUUCGGACCACCAGGGCAAGAAGAAAGAGGAAAUUUUGCGCCACAACAGAACUUCGGACCACCAGGGCAAGAAGAAAGAGGAAAUUUUGCGCCACAACAGAACUUCGGACCACCAAGACAAGGAGAAAGAGGAAAUUUUGUGCCACAGCAGAACUUCGGACAAACAGGACAAGGAGAAAGAGGAAAUUUUAAGCCACAACAGACUUUCGGAUCACCAAGACAAGGAGAGAGAAGAGACUCCGUGCCUAGUGAAGGUGGAUGGGAUUUCAAACCGUCAUAUAUGGAGGAUUUUGAACAGGCUGACAAAGGGAAUCAUCACGCCAAAGAACAGUCGGGUUCCCGACAAAUAUUUCCGCCUCCUGGCCCGGGCAAUUUUACCGGAUAGGGAAGAUUAUGAUCAUUAUCUGAGUCCGUUUGGGGGCUUGUACCGAACUUACCAAAUAUUUUUUUCUAAGUUGAUUGAAUGUCCUUGCCAAUGGGGUCAAAAAUUGAAUUUGUUGAGUUGUCAUUGUAUAAUCUUUCCAUGUUCUAUUGUCAUUACAAAGAUGGAUGUUGUAUGUAAGGCUUUUACUAGCCGCCUCCUGGUAUGUUUAAACAUGUUUGCAAUGGUUUAUGUCGAAUGCCUUUUUCUUUCCUUGAUGAUAAACAGAUUGAACAUGGUUUUGUUCUCACUUGUAUUGCUUACCCUUAGUCUGGUGUUAUUGAGACUCACAAUUCAAUUUUCAAUUUCUA